AGAAGAAGUAUUAUUUUGUUGUAGCAAAUGCAAAAUUCAUGUUGGAUGAGGAAGAUCAUUUCAAGGAGCUAAUGUUUGAGCGACUUCGGAAUUAUGGAGAGCUUAAUAUAGAGCAAGAUUUCUGGCUUGUGAUUGAACCCAAGUUCUUGGAUAAGUUUCCGAAUAUUACCAAGAGACUAAAGAGGCCAGCGGUGGAGCUUGUUUCUAUGAAUGGCCCCUGGAUAACGUACAUGAAACAAAGACUCGACCGGGUUUUGCAAGAAAGCUAUGAAGCUGACAGUAUAGAGGAUGCCUUGGCAUCUAAUCCCAUUAAUCUUGCCUUUGAAAAGCCAGAGAAGUGGACGGCUCCAUACUCGAAGUAUGAAUUUGGUUAGUGGGAGUCGUUUCUACUAUCAAAGACAUCAAAGGUAUGAAGCGACACUCCUGUAGUAUUUAUGUGUGUGACAGCAUCUUGCAGUUCUGAACUUUGUCACGGUUGUUUUGCUGCUAGGUAAUUAAAAUCAUAAACUUUUGAAUUUUGGAG